UGUUGCAAUGGGUCAGAUAUGCGUCUUUUUCUAAAAAUUGGGCAACAAUAGGAACUUUCGAAAAGUUGGGGGUAGUCUUUGUAAUCCGAAACGAGGAUUGGAGAACGGCGACGGAAAAAUGGACGAUUGCAGGAAGAGCGGCGAUCGCCAUUCUCAAGAGGCUUUCUUCCGGUGCGCCGCCGUGAUCCUCCCCUACCUUAACCCCACCGAACUAUCCUCCAUUUCAUCAACCUGCAAAACCUUGUACGAAAUCUCCAAACCUAUAACCGCUCGAAGAACCUCCGACGCCUCCAGAGGUUUCGAGAACCUUCCAAUCCCGUUUCUCAAACCCACCGCCGCCGCCGCCGUCUCGCAUUCCUACUCCUACUUCAUCUACACCCCCACGCAGACCUUCCGGGUAAGAGACGACUUACGCCAGCCAUGGGGCUCCGACGACGACGCCCGAUUAGAGGCUCGUCCAGACCCGUUUCUAUUCCGGGUCGAGGGCGCCACCGGGUGCAAUUGCCCUAGCGGCUGCGGCGAGUGCUGCCCCUGCUCAAAAGCCGACGAGUGUUUGCUGACCCGGGAAUGCGGGCCGAGUUGCGAGUGCGACUCGGGUUGCGGGAAUCGGGUCACUGAAGGAGGGGUUACAGUCAGAUUGAAGAUUGUGAAAGAUGAGAGAAAAGGGUGGUGUUUGCACGCGGCUGAGUUGAUUACCACCGGACAGUUUGUCUGCGAGUACGCAGGUGAGUUAUUGUCUACAAAAGAAGCAAGACAAAGGCAGCUAACCUACGACAAAAUCGCAUCUUCACCGGCACUAUUAGUCGUGAGGGAGCAUCUUCCAUCGGGCAACACAUGCAUGAGGAUCAACAUAGAUGCCACAAGAAUCGGAAAUGUGGCUCGAUUCAUCAACCAUUCUUGCGAUGGUGGGAAUCUCGACAUGGUGGUGGUGAGAAGCUCCGGUUCUCUGCUGCCACGUGUUUGCUUAUUUGCUUCGAGAGAUAUUCGAGAAAACGAAGAGCUCGCUUUUAGCUAUGGGGAAGUUGGGAUCAAACCGAACGGGCAGCCCUGUUUUUGUGGUAGUUCUUCGUGUAUCGGCAUUCUGCCUUCAGAAGAUACAUGAAUCAUCGACAGGUAA